AAGAAAGAAAAUAUAUUAAUGAUGCAAACGCAAGGAACUAUGGAAGCAUUUCUUAAUGCAUCGAAAACCGCUUUAUUGCAAUUAACACUUUAUCAAACGGUUCGUGUUGUCCUGGGAAAUCAAACAUGUGAUUUGGAUUCCGCUGUAUGCGCCCUGGUCCAAGGAUUAUUGGAGUAUAUUAAUGUCAAGAUGCGUGGACUCGAUAAUGUUGCUGUAAUACCAGUCAUGAAUAUCCCAAAGAAGGAAUUUCGUAUUAAGACAGAGGUAGUUUACAGUUUAAGAUCUCAUGACAUCCCACUGGACUUGUUAACAUUCAGAGAUCAGAUUGAUUUGCAAAAUAUACAGAAUGAUGCCAACAAAAAGCUGGAGCUGAUUUUAGUCGAUCAUCAUACUCUCAUGAGCGAAGAUAUUGCAUUGAAACCUUCAGUCAUAACAAUUAUUGAUCAUCGACCACUAGAUCCAGCUUGGUCAUGGCCUAAUGUUCAGUUAAACAUAGAAACUGUUGGAAGCUGUGCCACUCUUGUCGCACGUAAUGCUCUGCGAAAGAAUCCUGAUAUACUGGAUGCUCAACUUUCCAGUCUUUUACGAGGUCCAAUAUUGGUUGAUACUUAUAAUAUGUCGGAUGAGGCUGGUAGAACAACUGCUACUGAUAUUGAUGUAGUAAAUGCUCUUGAGCUAAGUUUUAUGACUGACAGAACCGAAACAUUUAAGAAGAUUAUGCACGCAAAAACAGAUAUCAGUGAAUUAACUCUUGACGAACUCAUGAUUAAGGAUCUGAAAGUAACGAAUGGGAUACCCCUUGUAGGAUUUUCCCUUCUGGUCGAGAAUUUUCUUAUGCGAGAAGGUGCGAAAGAAGUAAUUGAAAAAUUUGCUAACGAAAGAAACUGCAAUAUUGUUGUUCUCAUCGGGCAGGAUGUGAGUAGAGAUGUAUCUAGAGAUAUUGCGAUUUUUUCAACGAUACACAAUCAACUGGCGAAUGAUGUAAGGAUUAUUUAA